ACUGUAGUACUUAGUAGAUUCACAGGAGCCCCACCAAAAAAAAAAAAUAGAGGAAGGAAAGCAAAGAGAACAAAAUGCAAAGAGUGGAGUACUCUAAGUCAUGUCUCUUGCUCGUGUCCCUUGUCUUGCUGUCAUGGCCAUUGCUGACGUCACAGUCACCGCAGACUCCGUCAUCAUCACAGUCAACUACCGCCGCGUGUAAGUCAACUCCCUACCCGAAGCUCUGCCGUACGAUCCUCGGUGCCUUCAAAUCCUCACCGUCCGAUCCCUUCCGUUACGGCAAAUUCACCGUCAAGCAAUGCCUCAAACAAGCUCGCCGUCUCUCCAAGGCUUUCCACCGCUUUGCCCAACUCGUCGAGGCCAACCAGGCCAUUUCAACUCCCGAGGAGGUCGGUGCGGUGGCGGACUGCGGCGAACUGGCGGAUCUAAGCGUGGAUUACCUGGAGACGGUCGAGGAGGAGCUGAAAGGGGCGGAGGUGAUGACGGAAGCGCUCGUGGAGCGGGUGACUAGCCUUUUGAGCGGCGUCGUUACGAACCAGCAGACGUGUCUCGACGGCCUGGACGAGGCCAAGAGCCAGUUCGCGGCCGCGGCUAUGGGAACGCCGCUAGGGAACCUCACGCGCCUAUACAGCGUGUCGUUGGGGCUUGUGACACACGCGCUCAACAAGAAUCUCAAGAGGUACAAAGGCUCGAGGAAGAACAUCUUCGGUGGUUCUCACAAUGUUGUGCGUGAGCCUCUCGAGACUUUGAUCAAGGUGUUACGCAAAACGUGCGACAAGGAAAAAGAGUGUGGCCGGAAAAUAGAGAGGAGGACGGGGGAGCUGGGCCAGACGAGCGGCGGAUCAGUCCUCGUCCGGGAAGCUGUGACCGUCGGUCCGUACGAAACCGACAACUUCACAACCAUAUCCGCCGCCGUGGCGGCCGCGCCCAACAAUACGAACCCGGAAGACGGCUACUUUGUCAUCUACGCGAGGGAAGGCCUCUACGAGGAAUACGUCGUCGUUUCUAAGAACAAAAGGAACGUUUUGCUCAUCGGCGACGGCAUCAACAGGACUGUUAUUUCCGGGAAUCACAGUUUCGUCGAUGGUUGGACCACGUAUAACUCUUCAACCUUCGCGGUGGCCGGAGAGCGAUUCGUGGCGGUGGACGUGACGUUCAGGAACACGGCCGGGCCACAAAAGCAUCAGGCCGUGGCAUUGAGGAGCAACGCCGACUGGUCCACGUUCUAUCGGUGCAGCUUCGAGGGUUAUCAAGAUACUCUUUACGUUCACUCUCUUAGACAGUUCUAUCGUCAAUGCGACAUCUACGGUACAAUCGAUUUCAUAUUCGGAAACGCAGCUGCAGUGUUCCAGAACUGUAACCUAUAUGCCCGAAAACCGAUGGACAAGCAAAAAAACGCAUUCACGGCUCAAGGACGGACCGAUCCUAACCAGAAUACGGGAAUCUCCAUCCAAAACUGCACAAUCCAAGCGGCCGCAGACCUAGCAGCCGACCAGAACUCGACCUGGACGUUCUUGGGACGGCCGUGGAAACCCUACUCGCGCACGGUUUACAUGCAAUCGUACAUCAGCGACGUGGUCCAUCCUCUCGGGUGGCUCGAGUGGAAUGGGACCGUCGGGCUCGACACGUUAUAUUACGGCGAGUACGAGAAUUUCGGACCGGGGUCCAACACGGGUUCUAGGGUUCAGUGGCCUGGUUACAGUUUGAUGAACUUGACUCAAGCCCUGAACUUCACUGUCUAUAACCUAACCGUGGGCGAUACUUGGUUGCCUCAGACGGAUAUUCCCUUCUAUGGAGGAUUGGUUUCACAACGAGUGGUUUGAUUAAAUAGCACGUGUUACAUGUGUUGACGUUAUUGGUAUAAGUGUAUUGAAAUUAAUUCGAUUAGUUGUUGUUGGGGAUUUGAAUUUACUGUAAUAAUUCCAUGUGUCGAGGAUAUACUAUUGAGGAAAUUAAUGUGUAAUUGAGAUAAUGCAAUGCCAAGACCGUUUCUGAA